ACUAGACGUCCAGAAUCUUACCGACUGCAGAGCCAAGCGCAUCCCCAACCAACGUCACUUCGCCUCGGUUUUUAGGCAUUUGGAACAUCUGUGGGCAUUUUAUAGUGAUAUUUUUGAGUUUACAUUAAAGAAGAAGGCUUAUAUUGUGUGUGACAUUUGCAAAUCUCGGGAUACCUUUGGUGAGUUAUGAUCUAAAGAGCCUUAAAUUGAACUUAUUCUUGUUAUUGGUGGUUUGAGAAUUUUGGACUCACAAGUGUUGCCAGAUUUCGGAUAUCCAUUGUCGAGUUGAUGGGCUAGUCCUCCACGCCAGGAAAUAUGACGUUUGCUUGUUUGAUGUAGUUGUAAGCGUCUAUGUACAUGAAAAGAUGUUGUAGUGGUAAAAGUGAUGAGUGUAGUGAAUGUGUUAGUGCUUAAUACAUAGUGUAGCAGUUUACCAGCAAGAGACAGGACAGCCCUCCACGUCUACUACUCCUUUGUCCCUGGGCAUAUUUAGCUUCGCUUUAUCAGCGCUCAGCUUUUAAGUCAAGUGCUAACAAAUCCUACUGACUGGAUUGCACGGAUCAUAGCCACACGGCAGCUGGGAAGAAGAGCCAUCAACUUCCCAUUCACUGUGUGGCUCCUUCCCCAACCCUCUCAGGAUCUCGGUGAUGGGUGUGAGGGUGCGGGCGCGCGGGGGGGCGUGGGCGUGAUGGUGGGGCGCCCGUAAUGCGCGAGUCACCCCUGGAGGGAGCCACCGCCCCCCGGAACAAGCAGGCGCCCUCCAGCCUCAGCGGGGCGACUGCUGGCUCCGUGGGUGCCUCCGCCCACCCACACCCCCACCAGCCACCCCACCACCGCCCCCACCACCCGCCCAAGCACCAGCACCACUUCCACCACCACCACGCCAAUAAACAUCACCAGCAGCAACAACAACAACAUAACUACCACACGACGCCCAACAAGACGCAGAGCACCGCCCAGUAUCAGCAAGGUAAGCAGAAGAGCGUCGCUUACCAGCAGGGCAAGCAGCAGACGCCGCAGCAGUACCAGCACCAACACACCACCUCUGCUGCACCCUCGUCCCAGCAGCAGAGGAGUCAGGCGAGUCAACAAGGGCAGCAGCAACAGCCCCAACCACAGCAGCAGCAGCGCCUCCAACAGCAGCAGCAGCAACAACAGCAAAGUGGAGUGGCAGGACAGCCUCGGCAACAAGCACCCAACUUCGAGUAUGACGACCAGGAGUGGGACGUGGGCGUGGGCGACCUGAUCAUUGACCUGGACGCCGACAUCGCCCAGGCGGACCGUGGGAGGAUGAGCUCCGCCGCCCCGCCCCCCCAGCACCACCAUCAUCACCAUCACCACCAUCAUCACCAUCACGCCAACGCCUCCUCCUCCAACACCGCCACCGCCACCACCGCCAGCGGCCCCCAGCAGCAGCAACAACAACAGGCGGGUGGCGGACAGUCGCAGCAACAGACGCCAGAAGACAAACACAGCCUCAAGAUGAAGAUCAAGAGGACGAAACCGACCACAAAAAACAGCGAGGCCAAACACGAGAUCGUCAAGCCCGACAUGGGUCCCGGGCCGCCUCACCCAGCCCCUGCGGGACCCCUGCAGCACCACCACCAGCUGCACCAACAACACCCGCCCCUACCGCAGCAACAACAACAACAACAACAACAACAACAACAACAACAACAACAACAACAGCAACAACAACAGCAACAACAACAACAACAACAACAACAGCAGCAACAACAACAACAACAACAGCAGCAACAACAACAACAACAACAACAACAACAACAACAACAACAACAACAACAACAGCCGCCACAGCAGCAGCAUCCACAGCAUCAACAGCCUCCCCAGCAGCAGCCACAGCUUCAGCAGACGACGACUCCGCCGCCCAACCAUCACCACAACGGCGCUCACAUCAAGUUAGAGGGCGGGGAGAUCAACGGGCGGCCAACACCCCCCCGUUCACAGCCUCAUGUCCGCGCCACCCACAAGAAGGACAAGCGGCGCCACGACCUCAACGGCACGGCGUCGCCACCCCCGCCGAGCGUAUCGUCCCCAAGGGCACUGUCCACGCCCCCAGCGGCAGCGGCGCCGGUUAUGGUGGCGACGCCGGGUGGAGGUGGAGGGACGUCGGGUGGCGUGGCAUCACCUCCCUUGGCGACCGUGAAGCUGGAGCCUCGAGCACCCAGCUCCUCCCCCAGCAGGGCCACCACGCCCCUCACACACUUCAACCUCAAGAGUGAAACACCGCCUCCCUCCAAGCGACCUAAAGUAGGUGAGGAGGGUGGGUCACGACGCGACGUGUGCGUAGGAACAAGCGUGGCCACCAUCACCGACCCUGACUGCCUUGGUCCCUGUGAGCCAGGUACCUCAGUCAUGCUGGAGGGCAUCGUCUGGCACGAGACCGAGGGGGGGGUACUUGUGGUGAAUGUUACCUGGCGUGGCAAAACUUACGUUGGCACACUGCUGGACUGCACACGGCAUGAUUGGGCCCCACCAAGGUUCUGUGACUCGCCUACCAGUGAUAUAGAGUCUCGGACGCCCAAAGGUCGGGGCAAGAGGGGGCGGGCUGCCACUACAACUGCUGGUACGCCCGGCAACGACCUCAGUGUAGCAGAAACCCGCAGUGGCAAAUUACGUAAUGCCAAUGUGAAGGGGCGCAGAGGGAAUGUUACUCCUACCUUUAAUCCUCCUCCUAGUCCAGUCAAAUCCGAACCUGGUGGGACCAAACGUAAGGGUCGGGAGCCAGAGGUACCAGAGACGAAAAACUGGAAGCGGUCGCGUGCUUCUUCCCGUGGAACACCAACCAAUGGUGCAACCAGUCCUGGGCCAGAACAACCUUCAUCCCCUCAGCUGAUAGAGUGUCCCGAGCCUAACUGUAACAAGAAGUACAAACACAUCAACGGGUUAAAGUAUCAUCAGAGUCAUGCCCACAACAGCGUCACGAACGAUGAUGAGACAACCAGCACGGAAGGUCGAGCCGAGAGUGAAGUGGAAGAGAGUCAACCGUCUUCUCCUACGCCUGUUGUAGAGACACCUGUGGAUAAGUCGGCCCAAGAUGUUGUCAAGCCUUCAGUUCUGCGUUACACGGGUCCACCAGCAACGCCGAGCCCUGGUCCCAGCGAAGAAGCUACCAAGGCGACGACACCACUUCCUACAACUCAACCCAGUGUCAUCCAAACACGUUUACCACAACCCAACCAGGCAGUGUUUAUGUACACGGGUUCUGGUGGCGUGGUAAGUCCACAGCAUCCACAGGUAGGCUCUCCUGCUCUGGGUAUGUCACCUAUUUCUGGCAGCAUUCCUCAAGUUAGACCGGGACUAGUUCGACCUGAUGUUCGUCCAGAGAUGAUGAUGAGAGUCGGAACAACGGGUCCCAGGCCACCAGGACCUCUUCCUGCAGGAUCUCCAGUUACAUCUAGUUUACCCAUGACACCUCAAGGCACUCCACUGUCGAGCCUUCCUGGCAAUUCUCCUGGUUUAAUAACUGUAAAACAGUCACUUUUAGAACCAGAUAAAAACAAACCAAAAGACUUAAUGAAUGGUUUAAUAGGUAAAGACACUAGAGAAGAAGACCAACCUACUAGAGAGGAUGCCCGCAGUCCUGCUUAUUCCGAUAUAUCCGACGCUAAUGAUACUGCGCCUGUGUUAGACGGAGACAGUGAUAAUAAAGACAUGCAAGACGAUAAGAAACCUGAAUUACCUCUGGGUGCACAACCUUAUCCUCCCUAUGGAAUGUAUUACCCCAGUCCAUAUGGACAGCCACCCUUCCUCAUUCCUCCAAUACAACCCCCACCGUCUACCACACCCGGUAAGGAUGGGGACAGUAAAGACCCAAAGGAUAAAACUGGUGAUAGUGAUAAAAGAGAUACUUUACCUCCUCCAGGCAAUAAUGAAUUUCUUAAUAAAAUUCCUCCUCAGUAUCUAUAUGCAUCCCAUUACUUAUAUCCUGGUUAUACAGAUCCAUUUUUAAGAGACGCGCAAAUAUAUAAGGAAGCUGAGAAUAAAGAGUUAGUACAAGUCAGAGAAGGAGAUAAAGGUCCCACGGAUUUAUCAAGAUCUGCGCCUGGUAUUCCCGGACCUGUAUCUUCUCCUGUUGUGUUGAAAGAUAAAUUAGGAAUGGUAAAAGAUAAACAAGCAGAAAAUCAUGCAAUACUCAAAGAGGCACAUGAACUUAAGGGCCAACUACCUGUUGAUAAACGACCCUUUGACGAACCCACGAUUGCGUAUCGAUAUCCAUUUGAUCAGCGCUUGCCACUACAAACACAACUUCAAGAGAAGCCUGGGGAUAAAGUCAUGGGACUACCUAAGCCUUCACCCCCAGCAUCUCUCUCUAGUCCUCGAGUUGUGUCUACACCCCCUGCAGGCUCAGCAAACAGUAAAGAUGAUCGGGGGGACAAAAAACCUGAUAUCAAGAGUGAAGGAGUGAAGCCAACCAUGGAAACGACGGGUCCCCCACCACCUCCGACAUCGACGGCUUACUACCCAUCAUUCCCUUACAGUCCUCUACCUUAUGACCCUUAUCGUCCUUCUAUGGUACCCACAAUGGCCAUGCCUCCAGGGUAUCCACCAACACAUUACUUGGCUCCACCGGGGAUGGUGUCCAGGUUCCCUCUUAAUCCUGCAGUCAGUAAUACACCAGAGGACCUGUCCCGAGGUGGGUCAAGUGGAGCGAUGAUCCACCCUGCCCAUCUUUAUUCAAGUCAUAAAAUUCAUGAGCUGCAAGAGCGACCUAGAAAGUCUCCUCUGUCAUCAGCUGCCUUGUGUAUGACACCCCCCAGCUUACUGAGCACCCCUCAAAAGGUGGGGUCUCCAAUGGCAAGUAAAGAUGGAUCUCCACUGACACCAGUCACUUCUUCCUCUUCUGCCUCCAGCUCCAUACCUUCUUCCUCCUCAUCCUUGACCCACGGAGGGAGUGGGUCCAUGGGAGGAGGGGUAGAGGGGCGGUCUCCCCCCACAGCGCGUCCCCCCACACACCACCUGCAUGACGGCUUCUCUCCCUACUCUUUGAUCCCCCCACAGUAUCAUUAUGCAGCACUGGGAGUGGGACAGACGCCAGUGCCGGUGGGAGCUCCCUCAGGUCUAGCAGCAGCUCCACCAGCCAAGUGAGGUGCAACAACCUCAACCGCAGAUGACCCUGUGGCUGGACCACCUGGGCACACUAGUGGGGAGGUUGUAACAGUUGACAUCCCAUAUCAAAGACAUGGGGUUUGGAUAGUGGAUUUUCCAAGUGGAGCCAAUGGCAUACAUCUGAAGAAGUAUUGAUGAAAGCUGAAAAUAAAGUGCUGGGUUUUUAUUCUCAUCAGUGAUAUGUGUGGAUUUGUGAAGGCAUUCCAUUCACCUGGAAUAACAUGAAAAUAACUACAUUAAGCGGAAGACAAGGGUAUUUAUGUGUGGUGCAAACCUGCUGGGUGUGGUGUAAGGAAGUACAAAAACAGGAUGAAACAAGGGUGAGGAAAAGUGACGUACGAGAGAAAACAUUGUCAAAAUGAAACAAUUAUAUUUGGUAAAAUGAUCAGUUUAAAUCUGGCUUAAAAAGUUUUUGUAAAAGUGAACACUUAAGUUUUACAUUGACUAAAUUACAGAUUUUUAUUUUGUGCUUAAAGGCCCCAUAAGAUAUUAGGUUGAAAGAUGCAAGGAAAGGUUUGUGUCUCCAUUGACUGUGGUGGUGUUACUUGUCAACAGUGAAGUGGUUGGCUUCGUAUGUGCUGGAUUGGAAUGUUCUUUGUAGUGAUUGGAAAAGACUUAUGCAAAUUUGACUGCUGAAAUUCCAAUUAUGAAUCUGAAAAUCCAUCAGAAUCAUAGGUGGUGUGGUUUUGCCUCAUGUGAUAAUAUUUAAAUAGAGACGAGCAUGAAACUUGGGCACUACUAGACUGGCAUUGUGCUUGUGAUUUCAAGGAACUAUGUUGAUUACCUUAUUUUUAUAGAUAAUUGGUAACAAAUUGGUGUCUUUCAUUAUGGAAGUAAUUGGACUUUGUUGGAACAUAUUGAGUGGUCUGUGUAGGUGAGUUACUGGUAUGCAGAGUGCUGACAUACCUCCCAUAAGUGUUCACACCAAUAGCCUUCUUGCGAAAAACAAGUGUCGUGCUGUUAUGCUCAGGUAUGAUAGAAAAGUGUAAGCAGAAGAUGCUUCGGCCAUUUAUAACACAGCCUCAAGGAAGGAAAAAAAAAAGAUAUGAAUACCAGAAAGUAUCAUUUCUUUCCCGUAUUCUUCAAGCGUGGAACACUGGAGUUGAAUGUUCAUAUCAUGGUUUACGAUGCCUAGUGUUUGUGGUGACAUAUGGAGGUGCUGGCUCGUAAUAAUCAUAGGUCAUGCCUUGAUGAAUUACCGUAAGUACAUCAGUACAUUCAGGAUAUUUUCACACUUACUGGGUAUUAACAGUUUUUGUUGUAGAUGUCCAGCACUGAAGUAUGACCCACUGGUACUAAAGCAGAGUAAGUCAUGAGUGUUAGGUGUGGGUUGAGGCUAUGUUACCUAGAGCACUGUAGGUGAGUUAUGUGGUGAGCUUAGUGAUUCACCCAUGUGUAGCUGGUCUGUGUGCUGUGUUCAUUAUCAUCACCGUCAUCAUCAUCUGUAUAUGUGUUCAUACUGUGAUCAUGAUGCUGUGGAGUCCAUGUUAUUAUACUUUGUUGUCCUGGCCAGCCUGUGAUAGGGUCAGCAAACUCAGGUGUGAAGAUGGCUGUUCGUUUGUCUGAGGACAUUAGAUCUAACAGAUGGUCGGGCAGCCAUUUUAUUAUGUGGAUGUCAAUUGAAAUUAUAUUAAAAGUAUAAGACUUGAACUUAUGAAAAAUAUAGCUAGGAUAUACGUGAAUCACUUGGGAAAAUUAUUCUGCAUGAGGGAAGUCAUUAUGGGUUCUGAACAACACAAGGCUACCAAGCAUCCUAGUAUGAGGUGAUACCAUGGUUGAAAGGUAACAUGAUAGGUGGUCCAUGUAAAGGAAGUAGUCACAAUAGGUGUCAUUCCAUUCUAGCGAUCAUUCCAUAACUUGGGUGUCCUCGGACUCUCCGGCCUCUGGUGUUCUGCAAUUUUGUCGUCAGGCAUUAGGGUAAAGUGGCAUAUUCCAUCAGGGCAAGGGCCCCUAUCUUACUUAGAAAGGUAACGCUUAUGGUCAGCCGUUAUCACGAACUCACUAUUGGAUUGUAUUUGACGAGCAUCACUUGUUCAUGUUAAUAACAAAAUUUAAAAGCAAAUGGUGAUUUAGGUUAAAUAUUGUUAAUUUUAUCUACCAUUGGAACUUAAAGCUUUACCAGGGAUCCAGUUACAAGUUCAUAUUAACAUAUCUGAAGAUAAUAUAUAAUAUUUGUUGCUUAAGGGACUGUACCAAUGUUUUAUUGUUAUUAAUACUUCAACUAGAAACAACUUUUUUAGUGCAAAACUCUCAUUCAAAAAAGAAGGCACAGGUGCCUUAUUAGAGUUUUUUUAAUAUGGUUAUGUUUUAGAAGACAUUUAAUAUUCAGAUAGAUAUUCAAAACACUUCAUUCUAGCUAAAUAUUUUAAUGCAUAUAUUUUGUGAAGCUUUUUGGCAUUAAUGAACGAGUGGCUUCAAACAUCCUCUGGUAAUUCAGGAUUUAUCUUGUUUAUAAUUACAUCUCAAAAGAUUUAGUAAUACAAUGUUUUUCUUAUAGUUCAGAUAUACUCUUGGUAUGUAAACUCACUGGAUACUAAGGACAUGUUAAAGGAAUUACCUGCUAAUUAAUUUUACCUUUUUAUAAAUGUGCCAAAUCUUGGGUUGGGAUUAUACUGGGAAGACAAAUUUAUUGAGACAUCUUGCAUCUUGAUUUUAUGGUAUAAGGAUCUGGAAAGAAUGUGAUGUCUAGAUUGACCUGUAAUCAUGGUUUAGGAUAGAGCACAUAUAAAAAAAUAAUGCGAAUUUUGUUAAGAUCUGAUAAUGAGUUUCAAAUUUUAAUUUUUCUCAAAUAUACAUGAAUGAAUGUGUGAAUAUGUACUUUCUUGCUGGCAAAAACAUAAUCUAAUCUCAUUAAACUGCCAUAUUUAAUCUUGAAUUACCAAGGAUAAAUAACAACAAAAUAUUGUCCACCAUCAGCAACCAGCCAACUGGAUCCCUGACAUCAUCAUCACCCCUCUGGUGGCCUUCAUCAACAUUUUGAUCUACCACAAAUUUUACCUUUCAUUAAUCAAAAUUUUAACAAUGUGAAUGAUUGAAUGAAUAAUAUUUAACUAAAUUUUUCAAAAAUUACAUUUUAUUUACAGUACAGUAUGUUUGAUUUGUAAGGAAAAAGUCUCCAUAUAGUUAGUUUCUUUUCAUUAAUUUAUGAUUGUGCUAAAAUCCUGCACAAGUCGAUAAUAUUCUUUAUUUUGAGGAAGCUUGAAUAUGUGGCAAAUGUUUUUUCUUCAUUAACUGGCUUGUCUGUGGACAGUACAGUAUGUAUACUACAUUAAUUUUAUGUUACAAAAUAUUUUUUGUUACUUUAAAUACUAUUUAUUUAUUUAAUUUUGCCCUGCAAUUAGAUUGAAGUGUGUCAGUGAUCACAAGAGCGCUCUGCAGCACAGCCCAAAGACAUCAAAGAAUGGGGUCCAUGGUAGUAUGUUUGAGGCAUCUGGAAAGGUUCAAUACUUCAUCACACAUUCUUAAGACAGUACAGUAUAUAUUAAGAUAAUUGUCCUCAUUACCGGGUACAUGGGCCAUUGGCUACCUCUUGGUGGCCAGUGCCAUUCAUAAAAUUAUUUAUGACGAGUAAGUUAAACUACGUACGUACAAACUUCUUUUUUAUGCUUUGGUAAGCUCUAUGAAUACUAAUCCUGAAUACCAUCCUCGACUGACCGACUCGCUGACAGAAUGUCUGAGUAACUUGCUCUGACACAGCUUGUGACUGAUUCUUGAUAAUCUUUGUAAUUCCAUAAGAAAAUUACUACAGACUUCAUAUUGUGGGUCUUAAAGCAUAUUUAAGAUAUUCUUGAUUGAAGAAUUUUGUUUACACAGUGUAGUACAUAUCUUGAUUAUGAGGCAAAGUUCCAUUUUUGUGAAAUAAUUUUGUUCAGAAAUUUUAGUGUUUAGUAUUUAUUGACUUGGG